CUUCUUGCAGCCAAUAGCACGCAUAUUGCCAUUGAUCAUUCCUGCUUAAUUAGCCUCUCAUCAAUAUUCCAACCCAGCACAAAGUUCCUCCUACUACAGAAGUACUACUGAUCUUUGUGAGAAAAGAAAACCUAAGAUGACUGGCGACAAAGAUGCACGUCGUAAAAGAAACAUGAAGUGGUUGGCAUACAUAGUUGCCGGGGUCAUAGCACAAACCGCAAUCAUAGUAGUCUUUGUGCUGCUGGUUAUGCGCAUCCGGAAUCUUAAGGUCCGGAUAGAUUCAGUCACGGUGGAAAAUGUUAACGUGACUUCCUCCUCGUCCUCACCCUCCUUUAACAUGAAACUUACUGCUCUUGUCACCGUCAAAAACACCAAUUUCGGUCACUUCAAAUUCGAUGACAGCACGGCUACAAUUUCGUAUAGAGGUGCCGAGGUUGGAGAGGGCACUAUACCUAAGGCGCGCGCCAAGGCUCGAUCGACCAGGAAGCUUAAUAUCACGGUGCCGGUGAGUUCAAGCAAAUUAUCGUCGAAUUCUGGCAGCUUGGUUAGUGACAUCGGGUCGGGGAUUUUGCCGCUUAGCAGUCAUGCCAAACUCAAUGGGAAGAUUCAUUUGUUCAAGAUUUUUAAGAAGAAAAAGUCCGCGGAAAUGAAUUGUACCAUGGAGGUUGAUACCAAAAAGAAUGUUAUCCAGAAAUUGACAUGCAAAUGAAAGCACUAGAGCGAUUUUUCUUUCUUUCUUGGUUCUUUAAUUAUAGUACUGGCAUGGGUUGGAUUGCAGAAAGUUAUAUUUUAUUACUUAUAUGUUAAAAAGCAUUAAUUAAUGUCUGUGUUUCUGUACAUGUAUUCUUUUUAGCUUGUGUAAACUGUAUGCGAUACUAUGAUCAGUUUGUCAGAUUUGGUUUUUUUAGGUAUUUUAAUACCUGUAAUAUUUCAGAUCUUCUUUUAUGUUU